UUGACGGGCGGGGCUUUGGUGGAGGCGGGGCUGGAUGGAGCGUGUGUGUCUUUCUGCUGCUGCAGCUCCUUCAGCACCCUGAAAACUCCCUCCCUGUCCCAGAGCUGUAGCACGCACAGGCCUCACCAUGCUCCUGCUGCUGGGAUUGUGCCUGGGGUUGCCCCUCUUCUCGGAGUCCCAGGAAGAGGCUCGGAGUUGGGAUGACGCCUCGGAGCAAGUCUCCCUCAGGGUCCCCAGGCAACUCAGGCUGCUGCAAAGGCUGAAAGCCAAGCCCUUGAUGACGGAGUUCUCGGUGAAGUCGACCAUUAUUUCUCGCUAUGCCUUCACCACAGUGUCCUGCAGAAUGCUCAACAGAGCUUCUGAGGACCAGGAUGUUGAGUUCCAGAUGCAGAUUCCAGAAGCAGCCUUCAUCACCAACUUCACCAUGCUUAUCGGAGACAAAGUGUAUCAGAGUGAAAUUGUAGAGAAAGCCAAGAAAAGCCGUGGUAGGCUAGAAGAAACAAGAAACAAAAGCACAGACAAUAAUGAGGAGAAGGGUGCUGACAUGUUCAGAGCUUCCUUAGUGAUUCCCAGCAAGGACAAAGCCGCUUUCCUCCUCAAUUAUGAGGAACUUCUGCAGAGGAGGCUGGGGAAAUAUGAGCAUUCCAUCAGCGUGCGCCCCCAGCAGCUGGUGGGGCGGCUGACUGUGGAGGUGAACGUUCUGGAGAGGUCGGGCAUCUCGGCCUUGGAGGUGCUGCCUCUUCACAACAGCAGGAAGAAGGGCAGCGGGACGGCAGAAGGCGACACGGGUCCUCCCCCUUCUACAGUCAUCAACCAAAAUGAAACUUUUACCAAAGUUAUUUUUAAGCCAACUGUGGUCCAACAAGCUAAGAUUGCCCAGAAUGGAAUUUUGGGAGAUUUCAUCAUUCGAUAUGAUGUCAAGAGAGAGCAGAGCAUUGGUGACAUCCAGGUUCUGAAUGGUUACUUUGUGCACUACUUUGCUCCCAAAGACCUCCCUCCUCUACCCAAGAAUGUGGUUUUCGUGCUUGACAUCAGUGCCUCCAUGGUGGGAGCCAAACUCCAGCAGACCAGGGAAGCUCUCGUCACAAUUCUCAAUGACCUCCGACCUCAGGAUCAUUUCAAUAUCAUUGGGUUUUCCAACCGGAUUAAAGCAUGGAAGGACCACUUGCUGCCCGUGACUCCGGAAAACAUCAGGAAUGGCAAACUCUACAUUUACCACUUGUCACCUACUGGAGGCACAGACAUCAACGGGGCCCUGCAGAAGGCCAUCAAACUGCUCAACAAUUACGUGGCCCAGAACGACAUUGAAGAUCGGAGCGUGUCCCUCAUCGUCUUCCUCACGGAUGGGAAACCCACCUUCGGAGAGACCAAUACCAUGAAGAUUCUGAGCAACACCAAGGAAGCCACUGGAGGUCAGAUCUGCAUCUUCACCAUCGGCAUUGGCAAUGACGUGGACUUCAAACUGUUGGAGAAACUCUCGCUGGAGAACUGUGGUCUUACACGACGCGUUCAUGAGGAGGAGAAGGCAGGAGCGCAACUCAUUGGGUUCUAUGAUGAGAUUCGGACCCCGCUCCUCUCUGACAUCCGCGUCGAUUAUCCCCCUGACGUAGUGGAGCACGCCACCAGAACCCUGUUUCCCAACUACUUUAAUGGCUCCGAGAUCAUCAUUGCUGGGAAGAUGGUAGACAGGAAGUUUGAUCAGUUCCACGUGGAGGUCACUGCAAGCAACAGUAAGAAAUUUGUCAUCCUGAAAAAAGACAUCCCCGUGGAGUCUCAAAAGCUGGGGAAUGACGUCACAGUGACCCCUGGGCCUCCCAGCGAUGGUGGGAAGGACCCCAACCACGUCGAGCGUCUUUGGAGCUACCUCACUGUGAAGGAACUGCUGAGCUCCUGGGUGCAGAGCAGCAGCGAGCAAGAGAAAGAGCAGCUGAGGCAGAAGGCCCAGGCUUUAGCCUUGAGUUACCACUUCCUGACCCCCUUCACCUCCAUGAAGCUGAAGAAGCCAGGCCUCCACACAGGCGGGCUGGAGGAGAGCCGCGGCAUGUCUGCAGCCACAGGCCCUGAGACGGUGGUGCAGAGCCUGCGAGGAGCCGACGUGCAGCCAGGACCUGCUCUCAAGAAAUCAUACAGCCCGAGAAUUAAAAUCACUAAAACAUCAGUGGAUGGUGAUCCCCAUUUUGUUGUGGAUUUUCCCUUAAGCAAACUCACUGUCUGCUUUAACAUUGACGGAGAGCCUGGGGACAUCCUACGGUUGGUCUCUGAUCACCUGGACUCUGGUGUGACUGUGAAUGGAGAGCUUAUUGGGGCCCCAGCGCCUCCAAAUGGUCACAAGAAACAGCGCACAUACUUCCGGACCAUCACCAUCCUCAUCAACCGGCCAGAGAGAUCUUACCUUGAGAUCACACCGAACAGGAUCAUCCUGGAUGGUGGAGACAGGCUGGUCCUCCCCUGCAACCAGAGUGUGGUGGUAGGGAGCCGGGGCCUGGAGGUGUCGGUGUCUGCCAAUGCCAAUGUCACUGUCACCAUCCAGGGUACCAUUGCCUUCGUCAUCCUCAUUCACCUCUACAAAAAGCCAGCGCCCUUCCAGCGAAACCACUUGGGCUUCUAUAUUGCCAAUAGCAAAGGACUUUCCAACAAUUGCCAUGGCCUAUUAGGUCAGUUCCUGAACCAGGAUGCCAAACUUAUAGAAGCUCCUGCAGUGUCUGGCAAGAAUCUCAGUAAUCAGCCAUUUCCACCAGCAGAAGGGGUGCCUGAGGCUAUCCUAAACGUGAAGGGGCGCCGAGUGCCAGUGGUUUGGAAACAAAGGAAGAUUUAUAAUGGGCAAGAGCAGGUAGACUGCUGGUUUGACAGAAACAACGCCGCCAAGCUGAUUGACGGGGUGUAUAAGGACUACUUGGCCUCUCACCCAUUUGACACGGAGAAUACACUGGGCCUGAGAAAGUCCCUGAGAGCUGAGACUGGCAGUCUUCUUGAGGAGAGAGUCUAACAGGGAAGUGACUUUGGGUCUACUCUGGAUGCAGCUUGCCUAGUUACCUGCACCUGCCUUAGCUCUUGCUAUGAGCCGCACUCUGUAGCCUGCCCCCUGGUGGAGUGGAGGUCCAAUGUCUGCUAGAGCAAUGAGUCGGGACAGGAAGCUGGAGUGAAAAUGCUACAUUCUACUCCCCCUUCCUACCUUCCUCACCCCACCUCUAACCGACAACAAUGAUGGCACCAAGAGGAGAGAAGGUCUAAUUAAGUAACAUUGUGUGACACCUGAAUUGACCGCAUUUUAGUCUACCGUAAAGUAACCCUUUGUGAGGGUUGCUGUGGAAAUUUUCUUUCUCUGAACCAGUGUCCGAGUUUGGGCACUCUGCUUUUUGCCCUGUAUUCGUGCUUAGGAAUCCCUUCAGUUCCCUUUUCAGAUGGUGCUCUCAACUUCUUCUCUCAAGGUCAUUUACACAGAGGCCAGGCCACCAGUCUUGCAAACAAGUAAUCCACAUAUUGGAUCGCUCUGAACGACUAAGUCUUUUCUUGGCAGAAGAUUGUUUUUCUUUUCUGUUGUGAAAUCUUAUCAUUAAAAGCUAGUUUCUAUUGUAAAACCUUUGGUUAAAAAUAGGAAACUCAAUAUCCCAGAUCCCAAUCUCUUCCUGAAUGGCUUUCCAGGUCUCUUGACCUUGCUGGUGGGUGCUUUCCAAUUUAUUCUAAUAAGCUAAAUGCUUUUAAUAAAUAGGAAAGCUCCC